AUGAAAGCUUAUAGCGUCGCAAUGCUCCAAGGAACCCAACGCGACUAUGUCAGUUAUGGAGGAAAGAUUAUUUUGCCUCCAUCCGCCUUAGCAAAUCUGACGAAUCUGGAUCUUGAAUCUCCUUGGAACUUCCAACUCCGUAAUCCCUCCAACCCUGCUGCGUCUACAAAUGCCGGUGUUCUUGAGUUCAUCGCCCAAGAGGGUGUAGUGCACCUUCCCUAUUGGAUGAUGAAAGCACUCCGUUUGAACGAAGGGGACCCCGUUCGAAUCACUGGGACUCGACUUCCCAAGGGCAAAUUCGUCAAACUUCAAGCACAGUCAACCACCUUCUUGGAAAUAUCUGACCCUAAGGCGGUGAGAUAUAAUGAGAUAGUCUAUAACAGUAUUGUUUUUGAGCUCUUGAUCAUGGAGAUCAAGCCUGAUGGGCCAGGGAUAAAUGUAGUCGAUACGGAUCUUGAGGUUGACUUUGCCCCACCGAAAGGUUAUGUGGAACCUAAGCGCCCAGAACCUGCCCCGCCGGAGACCAUGGCGUCAAAGUUAAAAAUUGAUGUAAAUUCCUCUACCCCCGGUUCUUCCCGUCCUGGCUCUUCCCUGAGCAACCGUCGGCUUAACACAUCCCAUGCUCAGGGCCCAAGUGGCAGCGGCUCCGGAACGAUUGCCGGGACAGAAUGGGAGAGUUUCAAGGGCGCAGGGCAGACGCUUAAUGGGAGAAAGACGAAAGGGAAAGGGAAGAGUGCCCGGAAGAUUGAGGAUGUUGAUCCUGACAGUAAGAUAUACAGGACUGAUAAGCCUCGUUUCGCCUCGAACGAUGUAGUCGACCAGAACAAGAACGUGCCAGCACCUUUACGCUUGCCGCGCGGGAAGCUCUUUUUUGGAUUCCCUGUCGUGCCUUACCCGACCGAUGACGGCACAAAUGGUGAAUCCGCCACAGGGCCAGCACGAGCACCUAGUUCUCCGGAUCAACCUUCGUUCUCUGGGUCUGGUAACACGCUUUCUGGGCGUGCCCCUCGCGCCGCACCUUCAAGUUCAAGCGCUCACCAAAGCAGCAGAUCGGCAUCUUCGACAUCGCAAAAGAAGUCCAAUGGCCCAGGGUCAGGACAAACUCUUAGCGGAAAACGACGUGCUGAACCGGAAAUCAUUGAGAUAGAUUCCGAUUGA